GCCUUUUGCUUCUUCAUCGAGAUGGGGGGAGGGAGUGCUCCCCACUUGUCACCCCUAUCCCGGCCAGAGCCAUAUGGAGGAAGAGCAGUCAGGUCCCCACUUACCUGUUCCUGCACCUCCCUGCCUCCCUCAUGUUUUCCUUAAGUCUCCCCCAGAGGUGUGGGGCUGGGACCUGCGGGGAAUGUCCCCAGGGGAUUUGUGACUCUCCUCCCCCUUGGCCUGACUUGAUCCUAGGUUCUCCAGCUUUCAGCACAGCCUCAGCAUCCCUAAAACCCGAAUGUCAGGAGUUACUGCCAUCCAAUAGGAUAUGGGGUGGGAGCCCAAUAUUUAUUUUAGGGGGCUAAUGGUGGAGAGAAAACCUGGAUUGAAAGUUGGGCCUGGUGGGGUUUUGGGGAGGGCCUAGCGGCCUGCUGCUCUAUGAAGGGCUGAGCCCGGUGCCAGUUGUUGAGCUGAGAAGUUUUAACUUUUUAGUGAAUGUUCAGGGCCGUUUCUGCCCCUCAGAUAUACAAAAUGGAAGGGGAAGGAAGGCGGCAAGAGAGGGCUUCUUACACUUUUUUCUAUGCUUGCCUGAGAAAGAGGAGGCCCCUCGCGGAGCUGGUUUGCCUUCUUUUGUGUCCUGGUUUGAUUCCUUAUGGCUUCCGUUCUGUUCCCCCUCUCAGCCUGGCCUGUUUUAGGAAACUCAGGCUGAGAGUAUGAGUUGUGUGGUGGUAGUUGUAUUGUUCCAGUUACCACCGUGUGUGGCCACAUCCCAACAAUUAAAAUGCAGAAAAAUACAAAAUCACUCUCUUCACUUGAUCCCAGAGAGAGCUGGGAGUUUGCUGUUUGGCCAAAUGCCUCAUGAACAGCUUGAAAGAAUUUGCUUCACUCCCUGCUCAUGGCUGGUCAGCCUGAGGCCUAGGGUCUCCGGGGUAAAAGCCUGCAGUUAGGUUCCCUCUCUGGUUGCUCUUUGAGGGCAGAGUUAAGAAACCAAGAGCAGAAGUGAUAUAAGGUUUAGCUUCUCCCACAGGGACAUAGGGGAAGCAGUUGAAGGGAGCUCUCAGGAAGCUGGAACUUGGUUCAGGGUGGUAAUAAUAAUUAUGCGUGACAAUGGUAGUUAACUGUAAUGAUGAUUGACUUUUCUCACACCUUUUUUCAAAAAAACUCCAAGUACCUCCACGUGUAUUUCUUUGCUCUUCCUUAUGGCCUGCCUCCCCAUGAGGUGGGAAUGGGGCAGAGAUGAUCCCUCCUUUUUGCAAAAGUAGAAAGUGAUCUGCCCCCAAGGUCACAGAAGAGCCUUUUUGGGUCUCUCUUGGUAUGCAGAUCAGGGAGGUGGGCAUCUAGCCAAAUAGAUAAACUUGGACUGCCUUCUUCAUCUUAAUGAUAGCAUCACUUGUGGCAUUCUGAGGCUUUGUAGAGCAACAAACAGGAGGGUUGAGAAAUGGCAGUUUGUGUGGACUCCUGAUUUGUACAGAUCAGAUGGUAUGCUUUUUACAUUUUGAUAUUUUAUGUUUUAUUGUCCCUGUGACAGAUUAUUCUGCCCAUUCUACAUAUGGGUAAACAGGUCAAGAAAGGUUAAAUGAUUUGACAAAACUGUCACAGCAAAUCCGAUCAAGAUUUAGGUUUCUUGAUAGAUUGUUCUCUCUACUAGCAAAUGCUACAUACACUCUCUGGUGAGCUGUCUGCUUGCUGAUCAUUGCCAAUUUCUGGGAAUUGGCAAUACUAUAUCGAAACACUAGGUUAACCUCUCCUCCUCCCUUGAGCAUGGCCCCUCAAGCAAUUGUGUGGGCUUGAAGCCUGUUCUCUGAUAGAAGUAGUUUGCUUCUACUGUAAUUGACUGUGAGAAAGAGUCUUGAUUAAUUGUAUCCAUGGUCUUUGAGUCAGAUCAGGCUAAAAACUUAGUUGAGUGAAGUCAUAGAGUUGUUUUUAACAUCUAUGGAGUUGAAAUGUAACUGGAAUUACCCUGGUACCAUUUCCUUAUCCUCUCACCAUUUUUAAGAGAAUAUAUACAGUAUCUCUUGAAAACAAUAAUAUAUCAACUGUUCAGGCUAACAGAGAACAUAAAACCUUGUUUACUCUGAUUGGUCUGAAGCUGAAAGUCAUUCCUACAACCACUGCUCCUCCCUGUUCCCUAUUACUAUUUCUGUAGUUUAGGAAAAAGGUACCUCUGUUUGCUUGUGCCUGGAAGAUAAAGACAAUAUUGGGCUAAUCAGGAUAGAAGUAACCAUUUGGGCAUCCCUCUCUCUCAUUUGAGCUGUUUUUGAAGUGCUGGUAUUCUGGGUAGACAGAGCAGAGCAUGAACCAGGUUAGGAGCAGCAAAUAGGUUUCAACUUGCUUGCCAACUCCAGUUCAUUUUAGUGGUUAUCUGGAGUGCCAAGUUCAGAAUGUUUCUGAAGCUAUGUUUAGGCUUAGCAGGAGAGAGCUGUGAUCAAUUAAUGAUGUCUGCCGGAGGCCUGGCAUAGGGAUGCUGUGGUAUGUAUGCCAUGCAUUUUCCAUCUCUGGACCAGGUACAUCUCUAAUAUCACUUGGGGCUGGUCCCUCUGUAAUUGGCAGACUCAGCAGGCAUGACUGGAGAGGGAAGUCCCAAUGGUGCUAGAAUGGUGCUGCAGUGGCAGAAGACGGCUCACGAGUGAGGUCUGGAAGAACGACAGGGAAGACAUCCAUCAUUUGCUCCAAAGUGUGCAAGUCAAAUCCUGGGGAGAAUCAUGAUAACCCUGAUCACUGAGCAGCUACAGAAGCAGACUCUGGAUGAGCUGAAAUGCACACGCUUCAGCAUCAGUCUGCCUUUGCCUGAUCAUGCAGACAUCUCCAAUUGUGGGAACCCUUUCCAGCUUGUGUCUGAAGGUGCUUCCUGGAGGGGCCUGCCCCACUGUUCCUGUGCUGAGUUCCAGGACAGCCUCAACCUCAGCUACCACCCCUCUGGCUUAAGCCUGCACCUCAGACCACCCAGCCGGGGAAGUUCCCCAAAGGAGCAGCAGCCCCUCUCCCAAGUCCUAAGCCCUGAGCCCCCAGACCCAGAGAAGCUUCCUGUGCCCCCUGCUCCUCCAUCCAAGAGGCACUGCCGCUCACUCUCAGUGCCCGUGGACCUGUCUCGCUGGCAGCCAGUGUGGCGGCCCGCCCCCUCCAAGCUGUGGACUCCCAUCAAGCACCGGGGCAGUGGUGGAGGGGGUGGGCCGCAGGUGCCUCACCAGAGCCCCCCAAAGCGGGUCUCCAGCCUCAGGUUCCUCCAAGCUCCCAGUGCCUCUUCUCAAUGUGCCCCAGCUCACAGACCCUACAGCCCCCCUUUCUUCAGCCUGGCCCUGGCCCAAGAUUCCUCUCGACCUUGUGCCGCCUCCCCACAAAGUGGCUCCUGGGAGAGUGAUGCUGAGUCCCUGUCACCUUGCCCACCCCAGCGCCGCUUCUCUCUGUCACCCAGCCUGGGCCCACAGGCAAGCCGCUUCUUGCCCUCUGCCCGGAGUUCCCCCGCGUCCUCCCCAGAGCUGCCCUGGCGACCUCGAGGCCUCCGGAAUCUUCCCCGAAGCCGCUCACAGCCUUGUGAUCUGGAUGCCCGCAAAGCUGGGGUCAAGCGGCGCCAUGAGGAGGAUCCCCGGCGGCUGCGGCCUUCCUUGGACUUUGACAAGAUGAAUCAGAAACCAUACUCAGGAGGUCUCUGUCUCCAAGAAACAGCCCGGGAAGGCAGCAGCAUCUCUCCACCAUGGUUCAUGGCCUGUAGCCCCCCACCCCUCUCUGCUUCCUGCAGCCCCAUUGGGGGUUCCUCCCAGGUGCUGAGUGAAAGCGAAGAGGAAGAGGAGGGGGCUGUGCGGUGGGGGCGGCAGGCGCUGAGCAAGCGGACACUGUGCCAGCAGGACUUUGGGGACCUGGACUUGAAUCUGAUUGAGGAGAACUAAAACAGAGAGGCUACUUCCUGGGGCCACACAGACUGACUCUCUUAUGGCUACUAACAAGUGUCGAGGCCCCAAGGCCGGGAGUCCAGCCUGGGAAUGGGGGUGAGUGGAGGGCUCCCUCUCAGGGCAGCUGGAAAUCUUCUCGCUCCAGGAAGCUCGACCGUGCUGAGAGACUGGCCAGGACAAGAUAAACGGAGCUGGUGGCGGGAGGGACAGCCCCAGAGCAGACCCUUCCCAUGGCGGCCCUGAGUGUGAGUAUCCCUGCCACCGAGAAAGCAGUGGGGCAGGGAAGGAAGGGGUCUGCUGACCCCAGCUCGGGGAAUUUCACUAGCCCGUUUGCUUCAAAGGGCACUUGUGUCUUAGAAUUUGGCCAGGGUGGGGGAUCAUUCAGCCUCCUUGGAGAAAUUGUGUGUGAGUGUGUGCAUGCAUGGGAGUAUACUUGAGGAAAGGUGUGUUUGCAUAGCCUUAGGGAAGGAAGGCAGUUGCUCCUUAACAGCAGAGCAUCAUGAUACCCCCAGGAUCCUGAGUUUCCACGGGACAGUGGCGUGUUCAAGGAGUCAAGAGGAGGGCACCAAGUUUUUCUUUUUUCUAAGUAGCUCUGGAACCAGGCUUGUAAUCCAUAAGUACCACUGGCUCUGCAAAGGAUUCUGUUUUGGGUUACAGCAGGGUCUUUUAAAUGCUGUGACUUCAUCUAAUGGUCUUUUCCUCAGGCUCACCCUUUCACCUAGAUAGAUCUAGUAUUAGGGGCUGGAGAGGGCUCUCCACAUUGAUUCUCAGCUGGCCUUUUUUUCUCAUGAGAUUGCCUAGGCUGUAUACAACCUGCCUUUCUCAUUCUCUGAAUAGAUGCAAGCACAUGUGGGCAACUGAGGCAAGGUUGAAGGGCUCCAUCUCUCUCUUUCCCUCUCUACUGACGGGAAGUUUUUCCUAUCACUUUCUGCCCUUCGAGGGUCAAGAACAAGGAAGGAAGGCCCUGUAGUGGUCCCCAACAUCUAUUGAGGCUGACCUGCAGCAGGAGAAGUCACAUUCACUGCCCAGCAGACAUGGGUGAGCUCACCAUAGCACUGCCCUUUGGAAGCAGACUGUAGGGAAACCUGUUGUUAUAAGAUCCAGGCCUAGCCUCUUUUCUGACCUGCUUGAGAAAGAGGAAGGGGAUGUUAGCAUUUACUAGUUUGCUUGCCUUCCACUCCUGCCAGGAAAUGUUUAUUUGCCUCUAAGUGGCCCUGAGAGACCUCAGGGAGGUUGGGGCUCACUGAGGGAUUGGCUGAGAUAUGUAAAGCAAAGGCUGUGAGAAGCAGCUGGGAGUUUGUUGUUGUUGUUGGAUUGAAUUUCCUUUUUUGUUACUCACCCAUAACUUGAGCCAGGGCAGCGGGUCCCAGUGGCCACAGUGAUGGGUUUAAGGACUGCAGGAGCCUUGGUAGGGCUGGCACCAUUGGAGAUGCGUACUGAAGCUGCUGCCACAAUAGCUUGGGAGGCUUUGUCCAGCUUUGGUUAGACUCUCUACAACCAAAUUGGACCUGCCCUUCCUGUUUAUUGGAAGAAAGGCAUUUUUCUCUUCAAUUUCCAGGGUGUCUUAGGACCGAAUUCCUCAUAUUAGGGAAGAAGACCAAAGUCUAUGUGUUUUCUUCCUUGUGGAAUUGAACCUGUCAUUUUCUGGGUCUCCCACAUGUCAGAUAGGAGCAUCAAUGGGGCUCCAGCCUCUUGGCCUCCACUCCAGAGGAGAUGCUCAUUUCUUCUUGAGCCUCUGGCCCUCAGAGGUUAUACCCUUCCAUGGUUCCUCCCCUUCUCCUGCUAGUUACCACGUAUUAUCAGUGAGCUACCAGGUCUGUAGGGACCUGAGAGAAGCUCUCUGGAGAAUCAAGGGAAACUGUGAGCCCAGGAGUUGCCCAUCCUUGGUUUCAUCCCUCCCCUGGCUCUUCUCCCUCUGUAGGCCAUGAUUUCCCUGGUGCCAGCUUCUUUUCCUCCUGGGGCAUCCUCAUCCCUGGGCUCUCUGCUGCAGAUUGGCUGUGCCAGCUUCCAAAAGGCCACUGGCAAUGCCAACUGGGUCUCUGCAGGGCCUAAGCUGAAGAAGUAAAGGCAGUAUUUCUGCCUCUACCCUGGCUUCUCCAAAGCCCUUGGGCACCAUCCUUAGGGGAGAAGGUCUAUAGAUACCAUAUUUGAAUUCCAUUACUUUAAGACUGGAAAGUUAAACUAGUUGGAACUAUCAUCCUGCUUCCCAAUCUAAGCAUCUGUGGCCCUGGGACAAGCCUUUUCAAGAAGUGGUUCAUUUUGCUUUACACAAUAGAUCUGUUUCAACAGUUCUCUGUAAACCAAAUGCUAUUUUUCGAUGCAUUUGGACUGCUGACCAUUUAAAAGCAGCCUGUGAUUGCUGCUUUUGUAAAGCAAGCAACCUCCCUCUACUUUAGCAGUUUUGACUAUUUGGGUUUUCACGUAUUGGGCUUACCCAGAGUGGAGCACACCUCUACAGGGCUGUGGUUGACGCUGGGUAGACAUCUGCAUCUGUGUUGUGUGUGUGGUGUGGCUGACCAGUAGGUGAGUAUUCCCGCGUGUGUGAGUGAAGCCACUCCCAGGCUGGUGCUCUCCUCCUGUCCCCAGUGACUGCCCAGUGGCAGCUCCAGCUGCCCUUCACUCCCACCUGCUGCCAAAGUCCCUGUGCUAAUGGGAUUACAAAUACAAAAAGUGGAAAAAAAAUUUUCGUAAACUUUGUUUUAUAUUAAAAAAAAUCCAUAAGUCUGUGUGUGUUAAACAUGAGGUCCUGCCUCUGUGGCUGUGUUUGAAAAAAUAAAGUUUUAUUAGAAUAAUCCAUUUUCCCAAGCAA